AUGUCGGAAACUGAUGUUCAUCAAAAGUUCAAUCUCGAUCUUAAAAAUAACAUUUUGGACAGUCAGACAAAGAAACGGUUAAAAAAUUUGUUGACUAACAGACUCAGAGACAGUGGUUGGACAAAUAGUGUUAGAAAACGUUGCACAGAGCUUGUUAACGCUGAGGAGAAAGAUAAAACCAAAUUAGGAUAUUUGAUGGAUAAUUUAUUGCCGUAUGGUCGAGAGAACAUUCCAGAGGACGUGAAAAUCGAGUUACUACAACAAAUUUCUGAUUUAUUGGACUCAAAUAUACCCUCAAUAGAAGAAACUUAA